GCUGUUACGAUGUAAGGAGAAGACCCUUCAGACCGCGGAACGCUGUCACGGCGGACAUACGCUUUCCUUCCGAACGAACUUCGAGCCAGCGCGGGAAAACGCACCGAUGAAAAUGGCGUCUACUUGGAAUAAAAUAGCAUUGUUGCUGUUGCUGGGAUUAUUAUGCCACGUCCUUAGUGCCCCAGCUGGUGAUAACACGGGUAUUUCUGAGAAUGCUAACGCAAAAUCGGAUGUACCCGUGGAGCAACUAGAGAAACUAAAGCUUGCAGAGUCCAAGGGCUCCGAUCUAAACACCGAACAUGUGGAAUACCACAGGCUUGAUUCUGUACAGCAAAAUGGCGAAUUGGUGUCGCGUUUGGAAGAGCAUGCUACGGCUGAUGCAGAUGGUGAAGGGAAACCGCGCGUGCACGCUUCUUCACAACUAGACGUUCCCGCUGAGGGCAUCCAUCGGGUCCUGGUCCAGGACGGAGCGCACGUGAGCGUACACGAGGCUACCGCCGCGACUACAGCAGCUAGCGAAGAACAGACUACUAAGGUGUUCCAUGGUGCGGCUAGGCUAGUUCAACCUGGAUCUUUGACAACCAAUCCUCAGAAUGGACACACUGCUGCGAGACGUGCUUUCAAUGCUGAUAUCACCAAGGAAACCAAAAAUAAUAUGGAUCACUAUUCUUCUUACACUGGAGUCCAGUAUUCUCCCUUGGAUAUGGCUGAAUAUGUUUUCUGGACUGGUGACGAACGAGGGGUUACAACUGCUAUUGAAGAUUUCUUGCAGGAAGGAAUGAUGUCAAAGGAAGAAGCCAUCGCUUUUCUUCAAGAGAUCAAGUUUAACAUCGACUAUCUGCGAGCUCACUACUCACAGAACCUCAAAGCGGCAGAAGAAAGCGCACAACAAGAACAACUUCGAUCUUUGCUGAUGCAACAAGCCAGUGCUAAGGAUUACCAGCAAUAUCACAACGCGGCGGGUCUCCAGUCGUUCCCGUUCGGCAAUAGUCCCGACAUAAUCAGGUCCAUCGCCAGCAAGAACUGGGAGCUGAGCAACAACCUGUCCCCUGUGCCCGUGCUGCCAAUCAGCUCGGACAUGCGACCCGAACCUGCUAAGAGAUACGAUCCAAUGCUGCAGACUAACAUCAUCGGCACAUCAGACUACGAUCGUGAUGGACCAAUCAUCAGUGAGGAAGAGUACGAAGAAAUGAUGGACAAAUUGAAGGCUGCAGACACUCUUUAUACUGAGUAUACCUUGGAGGAGAUCAUAUACCAAUUGGCAAAGAUGAUGUUCUCGCAGUCGUUGAGCAGGGACCCAGCGUCGGCGCGCGCCGCCACUCAGCGUUUCAUGGCAUUUCUAGAACUGGAGGCUGAGCGAGGACAGCUCUCACGCACUAUUGAGAAGAAAGUGCUCGACGUGAUGAUUGCUGCUCUUACUGAUACUAUAGGAGACCACCCUGAAUUAUUACAGACGCGCGAAGGACUCGGAGGCAGUUCUGCCAAUAGACUAAUGCGCCAAUUCCUGGAGGCGUCAUCAUCUGAGCCGAGUAUGUCCCGAGCAAUCCUCGCCGCUUACAAAGACGAACUACUGAAAGGUCCACCGCUCCACAAACUUUCCUUCCCCGAAAGGAACUAAAAUUAACAAACUACUGCUAGCAAAAACUAAUACUUAGUAACAAGCGACCGGCUGCUCCGCGUUACAUCUAAUCGUAAAAGCUUUGCAGGAAAAUUUAAGCAUUCAAAAUUAAGAAGGGGAACUUUUGCGUUAGAUCAAAUUUUCUCUCUUGGUUUAAGUGCAUAAAAUACAUAAAUAGAGGCUCAGAAUUUCAUCAGUCCUAUUUUGAAAUCAUUUUAUUUCGAAUACCAAUUUGAUCGCAAAAAUUGUUACAAUGAAAGUUGUUUUACUUUGUCUCUAAAACUAAAUGAAGUGUUAGUAUUUUAUUCAAUAUUAGGUAGGUACAUCAACGGAAUGGAAUAAUUAUUGACAUGGUUAACAGGUUUCCACCAAAACUAAAAAAAUUAAAGCAUUUUAUUUGUGUCUAUCUUUUAACUGGACUGUAUGGACAGGACAUAGAAUGAGUUUCAUUGUAUAAAUCACUACAAAAAAACUAAAAAGAAGACCUUAGAAAUCGGUGAUCUAAUUGUGUAAGUAAUUGAAUUCGCCUUAUGCCUUAGUUUUGUUACUUUUCUCUACCUUUUAAGGGGAUAGCGUGGGAAUAAAGACAAUUAUAAGACAGAGAAUCAUGCCAGAAUGGACACCUAUGGCUACUUAUUUAAUCUGUCGAUUUAUCAUUAGGUACAACAUUUAUAUAAUUGAUUUAUUAUUAAAUUGGUAUCUCUUGGCUGGCUAAUGCUAAUUAACUCAAGGUAUAGACAUGACACUUGCUUGGUGUAGUGAUAAGAGUAAAAGGCUGUAUGGUACAUAUAAGUAUAUAUCGGAAAAGUUACUGUCAUAAAGUUAGCGAAGGAUAUUUCUGUGUCAUGUCUAUACGACGUAUAUAGAUUUUGUACACAAACAUAAUCUGGUAGAAAAAAUCUUACUUGUACGUUGUAAGGAAGUUAAUGCAACUUCCAGUACUGAGGCCGAAUUGUGUCGCUUUUUCAUUUCAUAGUUGGGAAAAAGAUAUGGUUAUGUCGAUAGAAAAUAGAUUUCAUUGUGUUGAAGGGGGACAUUAAAGAGGUAAAAUUGGACAAAGUGGCCCUCUGGUUCCACUCAAAAUGAUUCGUUUCGAAUGAAUCGUUUGAAAACUUAAAAUUUUCAAAGCCCUAUUUCUCAUGAGCUUGUUAAGCCUUGCACCUCCGUAUUUUAUCUAUCCCUUGGCAUGGCACUGAAGACCCGUGCUAGCAUUUAUGAAAUAUUAUGCUUUGUCGGUAUGGUAUUUAUGAAAGCACUGUUUACCUUUAGAGUACCUGGGGCUUUGGGCAACUUUGGGAUAUGCGGAAGAAGAAACCCACCGGGAUCUCAGUCACUAUACAUACUGUCUCGACUAGCGGUCCUUAGACUAUAUUUGUCGGUCGUAUGCACCAUGCAACCUGCGUUACAGGGAUUUGUUGCCAACAAAAUAUUUUGUUUGCAACAAAGGGAUUUGUUGCAAAAAAAUAAUGCGUGAUUUUGUAGAAGGCAAUAAUGCAAUAUUUCUUCCCGUCAUCAAAAAAAAGGUAAACAGACAUUUACUUAUCACUUGUUACGUAUCAUCACAAAAAGUAUACUGACAAAUACAACAUUUGUUAAGUAAUAUUUUAAAAUGAUUUAUUGCAUAUAAAUGGAUUUACAAGUUUAGCUAGAGGUAAGGUAUCUACUUCCUACUUGCCUAUAAGUAUUAUUCUACAAUACUUACUGCAGUAAUAAAUGUGAUCCAUUUUGUAGGUUCUACAAAGUACCUACAUAUAUUUUAAUUAAUUCGGGUUUUUAUUCGUGAUCACCAUAAUAAGAAUUGCUUUAUGGUAUUGCUUUUAUACGCUUAAAUAUUAAAGGCUUGCUUCAUGUUAUGCCUAGGAG